AUGAUAAAAAAGGAAAUUCUACAAGAUUUGGACGGGGUUGACCUGACCCCUCCCCCAUGCUGGAUAAUGACGCGCCUGCCUCCCAGUGCUUCACCAGGACCGGAGGCCACCUUAAUGCCUGAUCCAGGGCCAGGUGAAGUUCCUGCAGCAGCCGCUGCUCUUCCUCCAGCUCUCUCGGAGGUCAUAAAGCCGCCGUUUUGGCAGGCUCCGCUCCCGGUGACAGAAGCCUCUGGCCAACACUUCCAGGAUCCGGCUCCAACCGAACCGCCCAAGCUAUACCUGCCUCUCCCGCAUCACAGCCCAUCUUUGCCUUUGAAUGAGAAGAUCCAGUCGGGAGCACCAAACAACAGCUCAUCUGGACUUCCCCACAAGGGUUUAAAAACUUCCCAGCCAUCUUUGGGGAAGCCUUGGCUUCUGACCUGGACUCAUUCCAUCCGGAAGAGUAUGGAUGUCGGCUCCUACAAUACGGGGAUGACCUGCUGCUGGCUGCCUGAGACCAAAGAAAAAUGCUGGAAAGGGACAAAUGCACUGCGCCAGCUGUUGAUGGAAGCAGGUUACCCGGUGUCAAAGAAGAAGGCACAGAUCUACAAAGAAGAGGUAAGAUAUCUGGGUUUUGUUUUAAAGAAGGGCUCAAGGUUCCAGACCCUAAUUGUGUCCUAUAUACUGAUGGCACUAGCCUGA